AUGCAGCGCCCUGGGCCUUUCAGCACGCUCUACGGGCGGGUCCUGGCCCCACUGCCCGGGCGGGCCGGGGCCGGGGGCGGGGCCUCGUCAGGGGGCGGGGGGAGCUGGCGCGCGGGAGAGCCGCACGUGCCGCCGCCCCAGCGCGAGCCCUCGGGCGGGGGGAGCGGACACGUCGUGGCUUCGGCCGCGGCCCCGGCUCUUGCGCGUGCCCCGCCCGCGGCCGCGCUGCGCGCGCUCCCGCCAGCCCUAGUGCUCCCGCCCGCGCCCCCGCCCUCACACACAUCCCGGACCAUGUCCAAGACGGAGGAAGCAAAGCGGCUUGCCGGCCGGGCGGCGGUGGAGAACCACGUGGAGAAUAAUCAAGUGCUGGGAAUCGGCAGUGGUUCUACCAUUGUCCAUGCUGUCCAGAGGAUUGCUGAAAGAGUCAAACAAGAAAACUUGAAUAUCGUCUGUAUUCCUACAUCCUUUCAGGCCCGGCAGCUGAUUCUCCAGAAUGGCUUACCCCUGAGCGACCUGGACAGGCACCCCGAGCUGGAUCUCGCUAUUGAUGGUGCUGAUGAAGUAGACGCAGACCUCAAUCUCAUCAAAGGUGGCGGAGGCUGUCUGACCCAGGAGAAGAUCGUAGCCGGCUAUGCCAAACGCUUCAUCGUCAUUGCUGAUUAUAGGAAGGAUUCGAAGAACCUCGGCGACCACUGGGUGAAAGGAAUCCCCAUCGAGGUCAUCCCCAUGGCGUAUGUCCCAGUGACCAGGGCCUUGGCACGCAUGUUUGGUGGAGUAGCCGAGCUGCGCAUGGCUGAGCGCAAGGCAGGGCCUGUGGUGACAGAUAACGGGAACUUUCUGCUGGACUGGAAGUUUGACCGGGUGCACAAAUGGAGCGAAGUGAACACGGCCAUCAAGAUGAUCCCAGGAGUCGUGGACACGGGUCUGUUUAUCAACAUGGCGGAAAGAGUCUACUUUGGCAUGGAAGAUGGCUCGGUCAGCGUGAGGGAGAGGCCGUCUCACUGACCGAGGCCCCACCGGCCGCCGAGGCGGGGAAGCCCGAGAGCCUCUGCCUUAAUGUAUUUGCCUCGGGACAGCCGGUCGGAGCGUGGGGGUCUCCUGAAGCGUUACGAACGCCCCUCUUCUUUUUUAAGGAAAUAGAGAAGCAGAUAUAUUUUUUCUAUCUAAAAAUACUCUUUUUUAAAGAAAGAAAAAACAAACCUGGUUUCAUGUUUUAUAUGAAAUAUUACAAAAAAAAAACCCCAAACAGAUUUUUGAAUCUUUGAAUUGAGGCUGCUGGUUUCUCGUUCAGUUUCUGAGUGUUUGGUUUUCUGGGGGAAACGUGAGCCCCUGCGCCAGCCCAGGCUGCGAGGGCCGAGCCAGCAGCCCCCGAUGCCUUACUGGAACCUCCGACCUUCUUUAUGCCUUCCUUGGUUUGUCGCUUUGUUUUUGAGUUUACAUUUUAAUCGCUCACAAUACACAGUCACACCUCGACAGUGACCUUCGUGGACAAGCUGUUUGGACCUCAGUACCGUCAUGCUUUGGCCAGGCUCAGGCCACUCGCCCACACUAGGAAGCACACAAACCCUCAGGCCUCCCUGCCAGGAAGGUGGUCCCAGGUUAGGACCACCCAGACACUGCUGGGAGGUGCCUCUCCAGAGGUGGAUUUUUUUCUGUUGUCAUCCUUUUUUGGAGUUUUUGUUUGCCUUUCUCCCUCUAGAGGGAGGCCCUUGCACCGGUGGGCAUCAGACGCCUCCUCUUUGCAUUCUGUGUGUGUGUGUUGAAAUAAAAAACUCUGUGCCACGUCA